CUGACAACAUCAGCAAGUUGAGCUACAUGCUGUCUGAACAAGCACAACACUGCGGAAAUAAUGGAGGCUGAAGUUGCAGGUGCCCAAAAUCAAGGCUGGCAUAUGGACGGUGAGGGUGAUGUCACUAUUCUGCCCAGUGAGGGAGAGGAGCAAGUGCGAGACACAGAGACAGAUGAUGAGUCUUCUAGGUUAGAGCAGGAACCCAAUGAAGUCUUUUUGCUCAUGGAUGGCCAUGGGCUGCAAGAUGAAUAUGUACAGUCUUUUGAUUGUCCACCAACUCCCACAUCUGGUUUUCUGGGAGUUCUUAGAUAUAAGAGGGAGUCCCAGGACCAAGCACCAAACCCAAGGAACAUCCUCCCAGAGCCUCUCAGGGACUCUCCAGUGAUGUGUGAGUACUGUGGAGAGAAAGCAAGGCCUCCACUUGGCCCAACAUUUGCAGAGGACCCUGAGAUCUUCUGCUGUGCCCAGUACCAGCAGCUGUGUGACAUGCUGGCCCAUGAAAGGUGGCUUGCCCUGCAGAGACCUGAUCAGGAGGAUGACGCAACACUCCCACCUAACAAUCAGCCAACCAGAGAGGAGGAGGAGCUGCAGGCCCAGGCCCGGGACAGAGAGGAGCACAGAAAGCAGGAGCAAGAGCGAGAGCGACUCUACCAGGACACACAGUCAACCCUCCGAUCUGCAGAUACCUACACACCCUUCUCUAGGACCAUCAGCUACCAGCUGUCCACCUGUACAGCCAAAGAGGGACAGUGGACUGUUACACAACAUCCUGGGAUUGAGGAGGACCUGGAAAAAGAAAAUGGAGACCCCCUUUAUGACCAUGAGUCAUUUGAGUUUGGCAUUUCUCCGCAUCAGGAUGGGGCACAAUUUCUGGAGAAGUAUUAUGCCUGUGGGAGCAAGUUUCUCACAGUCUUCCCAGAUGGUUCUGCCCAGGUUUUCUAUCCCUCUGGGUUCUUGGCCCUGGUCAUAAUCUCUGAUGGAAGAGAAAGGGUAUGCAUUGUACACGAUGACCACUCCCUUGGGCAGCCAAUCAGGGCCCUAUUCCAAUCUGAUGGCAGGGCCACAUGUUACCAUGGCAAUGGUAAUGUCUGGCUGAGCUUGGACGCGUCAGGAGGUCAGUGUCUGAAUGAUGCGGGGGCCAGGAUCAGAAGGUGGAGUUGGAGAGGCCACAGCCAGACGCCCACCCCCCUGCGGCCGGUCUUCCUGUCUUUAAACCACAGCCUGGGGGUGAGGGUCCUGGGACAGGAACACAUGUUUGUGUCCUUCCUUUCUGCUGGCCAACAGGCCAAGUUCAGUGUGGGGGCCUGUUUGCAGCCAGUGGCUCUGGGGAUGAUUCAGGCUCCAGGUCCAUCCAUAUCCAAGGAGGAGUUUAUUCUGUUGGCUGGACGGAUAAGGGUCCAUCAGGUCAUUAGGCAUCUCCACCACUGCCUGCGCUGCCCCUCCAACCCAAGGCAUCUGAGGGCUGGACUAGCCCCUAGCCUCCUCUCACUGGCCAAAAGGUUACUGGACUUGAGUUGCUCUCUUCAGCUUGAGGAGCGUGAGAGGGCCUUUGUCCACAGGUGUCUCCAGGAUUGCCUGUGAUCUCUAUACCAAAGAAUCAUUAUGUGGAAACAUUGAACAUUUCAGCUCAUUAUGACACCACACAGAUUUGACUAUAGAGAUCCUAUUAAAUUAAUUCCUAAUUAUAUGGAUUUGACUUACAUCACAGCCUACAGUGCCUUCAGAAAGUUUUCACAACCCUUGACCUUUUCCACAUUUUGUUGUGUUACACGGUGGGAUAAAAAGAAAUGGUCAACUAUUUCACAAAAUACUCUGUCAAAGUGGAAGAGAAAUUCUAACAUUUGUAUAAAAAAAUGUAUUAUUAGAUAAGUAUUCAACCCCCUGAGUCAAUACAGGUUAGAAUCACAUUUGACAGUGAAUUCAGCUGUGAGUCUUUCUGGGUAAGUCCCUAAGAUCUUUGCACGCCUGGAUUGUACAAUAUUUGCACAUUAUUAGAUUUUUUUUAUUAUUCAACCUCAAGUUGGUUGUUGAUCAUUGCUGUACAGCCAUUUUCAUGUCUUGCCAUAGAUUUUCAAGCUGAUUUAAAAUCAAAACUGUAACUCGGCCACUCAGGAACAUUCAAUGUCGUCUUGGUAAGCAACUCCAGUGUACAUUUGGUCUUGUGUUUUAGGUUAUUGUCCUGCUGAAAUUUGUCUCCCAGUGUUUGUUGGGAGGCAGACUGAACCAGGUUUUCCGCUAGGAUUUCGCCUGUGCUUUGCUCUAUUUUGUUUAUUUUUACCCUAAACUCCCAAGUCCUUGCCGAUGACAAGCAUACUCAUAACAUGAUGCAGCCACCACCAUGCUUGAAAAUAUGAAGAGUGGUACUUAGUGAUGUGUUGUGUUGGAUUUGCCCCAAACAUAAUGCUUUGUAUUCAGGAUAUGAAGUUAAUUUCUUUGCCAACUUUUUAGUAGUUUUACAAACAGGAUGCAUGUUUUGGAAUAUUUAUAAUCUGUACAGGCUUUCUUUUCAUUCUGUCGUUUAGGUUAGUGUUGUGGAAUAUCUUCAAUGUUGAUCCAUCCUCAGUUUUCUCCUAUCACAGCCUUUCAACUCUGUAACUGUUUUAAAGUCACCAUUGGCCUCAUCCUGAAAUGCCUGAGCGCUUUCCUUCCUUUCCGUCAACUGGGUUAGGAAGGACACCUGUAUUUUUGUGGUGACUGUGUGUAUUGAUACACCAUCCAAAGUGUAAUUAUUAACUUCACUGUGCUCAAAGUGAUAUUCAAUGUCUGCUUUUUUUUAUGAUUUGUUAUCUACCAAUAGGUGCCCUUCUUUGUGAGGCAUUGUAAAACCUCCCUGGUUUUUGUGGAUGAAUUUGUGUUUGAAAUGCACUGCUUGACUGAGGGACCUUACAAAUAAUUCUGUGUGGGGUCUAGAGAAGAGGUGGUCAUUCAAAAAUCAUGUUAAACACUAUUAUUGCACACAGAGUGAGUCCAUGCAACUUAUUAUGUGACUUGUUAAGCAAAUUUUCACACCUGAACUUAUUUAGGCUUGCCAUAACAAAGGGGUUGAAUACUUAUUGACUCAAGACAUUUCAGCUUUUCAUUUUUAAUUAAUGAUAAAUGUAAAUCAAAUACACACUUUGACAUUAUCGGGUAUUGUGUGUAGGCCAGUGACACAAUCUCAAGUUAAUCAAUUUUAAAUUCUGCCUGUAACACAACAAAAACUUGGGAAAAGUCCAGGGUGUGAAUACUUUCUGAAGGCAGUGUACUUGUACAAACUUCCAUCCCAUUAUGACAUCACACAACACCCCCAUCGUCCUUAUUAACCAUUCGGCUCAUUAUGACCUCACACAGCACCACUUGCAUCAUGUCACAUGCAGUGAACACUCAGCUCAUUGUGACAUCAUAGUGCCAUAAGACUGUGCCUACUGUGUAAUAUUGACUGUAAUAUUAACUUUUUUUUAUUACAGUUGUGUCUGAUACUUUUGAGACCUCUGCAAUGUGUAAUUGUGAGAAGCUUGAUUUAAUUUUAAACAUGAAAUUAAUUAUGUGAAACUACUCAAUAGUGUCACAAUAACUUAACUUAAUUUCAAUAUUAAUUUCUGACUUUCAAUAGAUAUUUAUUUUAUAUGAUUUUUAUUUUUUUCUAGAUUCAUCAGUGUGUAUCAAAUGUGCUACAUCAAAUAAUGUUAUUUGUAGCAACAUAAAAUUAACACAGGUUGGUGGAACCUUAAUUGGGGAGGACUGGCUCGUGGUAAUGGCAGCCAUCGUUAUGAGCCGUCCUCCCCUCAGCAGCUUCCUGUGAUAAACACCUAUGAGCAGGGUCAAUAGUAAUUGUAGUCUUGAAUUGUGCCAUGUGUUAAUCGUUGUAAGAGUGGAGGCUGCUGAGGUGAGGAUGGCUCAUAAUAAUGGCUGGAACGGCGCAAAUGGAAUGCCAUCAAACACAUGCAAACCAUGUUUUUCAUGUAUUUGAUACCAUUCUGCUCCAGCCAUUACCGCAAGCCCGUUCUCCCCAAUUAAGGUGUCACCAACCUCCUGUGGUUGUAACACUGAUAGCGGGGCUAGUAGGUUGUACUAUGUCUUUCACUGUGGAUUAAAGAGUCUGGUGUAAUCCAAGAUGGGAGGGUCUCUGCAUUAAGAGACUCAACCAGAACUCUUCCUGUCCAGAUGAGACUCUGCUUAAGCUCUUGCUAACCCCCUUAAUCAUUUAACCUAAUUGGAAGAUAUGCUCUUGUAGACAUGCUUCUCUUUACGAGUCUAGGUAGCAUUUUAGAUGGUUAUGAUUGCAAUAUUCUUUAGGCAGCAAUAUACUCAUAUUAAGUGGCAUGUCAAAAAAUGGUGGUACACUGAACAAAAAUAUAAAUGCAACAUGUAAAGUGUUGGUCCCAUGUUUCAUGAGCUGAUAUACAGUACUGUGCAACAUUUUUAGGCAGGUGUGAAAAAAUGCUGUAAGGUAACAAUGCUUUCAAAAAUAAACAUGUUAAUAGAUUG